AUGACUUCCUCGAUCGCCGACCUCAUCUCGGCGCUGCCUGACGGCGAUGGAUGGGGACCUACCAUCACCACCGAGACCACCCUCGACGGCGUGCCGUACGCACCUUUUUCCAAGGGCGACAAGUUGGGCCGUAUGGCUGACUGGACCGCCGAUGGAAAGGACGGGCGGGAUGGACGGGGUGGACGGAAUCAGUACAAUAGAAAUUACCGAGACCAACAGACCUACGGCUUCAACUCUGCCUCCAUCUUUGCCGCCCCCGCCGUCGAGCAGGAUGAAGCCUCUUUCUCUGUCGUCUCCAAUACCCGCGACGCCCCCAAGACUCGUUUCGGCCGCGGCGCCGUCUUUACACGUGGCACCCGCGGCCAGCGAGGUGGUGCUCGCCAGGACGGACGCGGUGGAGGACGGCAACAGCAGAGCCGUACGGGACGGGGCGGCUACGAUGGUGCGCGCGGUGGACGCAACAACCAAGGUGGCGGUCGUGGUGGCCGCCGCUUUGGGUGGAAGGAUUAUGACAAGCCUCAGCGGAACCGCGAUGCUUCGAUCAACAUCCGUCCUGACUGGAAGCUGCUGGAGGAGAUUGACUUUAACCGCCUGGGCAAGCUGAACCUUGACGCCGAUGAGGGCGAGGACGUCGACAGCUACGGCUUCGUCUACUACUACGACCGCAGCUACGACAAGCAGCCUGUCAAGACCGCCGAGAAGAAGCUCAACCUGCUCGACCGCGCCGCCUACAACGUCACCACCUCGUCAGACCCUGUCAUCCAGGAGCUGGCCGACAAGGACGAGGCAACCAUCUUCGCGACCGACAGUGUACUGUCCAUGCUCAUGUGCGCGCCGCGGUCCGUCUACCCGUGGGACAUUGUCAUCGUCAAGCAGGGCAACAAGGUCUUCCUCGACAAGCGCGAUAACGCCGCGCUAGACAUGGUGACGGUCAACGAGAACGCCUACGACGCCCCGCUUGAGGCAUCCGAGGGAUCCAAGGAGAGCAUCAACCAGCCUGCCGCGCUGGCCGAGGAGGCCACCUACAUCAACCACAACUUCGCCAACCAGGUGGUGCUCGAGAACCAGUCCAACAAGGUGGAGAUGGCCCACGGCAACCCCUUCUACGAUGCCGCCCACGAGACAGAGCCGCCGGCCUCCAAGGUGUACAAGUACCGCAAGUUCGACCUGUCGACCAACGACGAGGAUCCCGUGUACCUGGUGGUCCGCGCGGAGAUCGACGCUGUGCAGAAGAACGCCAUCAACGGCGAGGACCAGUUCCUUACCGUGCACGCGCUCAACGAGUUCGACAACAAGGCGCAGGGAAGCGGCGGCGCUCUUGACUGGCGCAGCAAGCUGGUCUCGCAGCGCGGCGCGGUCGUUGCGACCGAGAUGAAGAACAACUCGUGCAAGCUCGCGCGGUGGACCGUGCAGAGCAUCCUGGCCAAGGCGGAUGCUAUGAAGAUUGGUUUCGUCUCUCGAGCCAACCCCAAGGCCAACGACAAGCAUGUCAUCCUGGGCGUCAUAGGCUGGAAGCCACGGGACUUUGCUAACCAGAUGAACCUGUCCCUGUCCAACGGCUGGGGUAUCGUGCGCACUAUCUGUGACUUUAUCCUCAAGACCGGGGGCGCCGACUCCAAGUACGUCCUUGUCAAGGACCCCAACAAGAGCAUUCUGCGCCUCUACGAGGUGCCCGCUGGUGGCCUGGACGAGGAGGAAGAUGAAGCCCAAGUCGAGGCAGUUGAAGAGGAGGAUGAGUAAGUCCUGGGGUUGGGAAAUUGUGAGUUGCGGGGGCCGGGAGUAGACCAUAGACAAAAAGAAAAUGGACCGGAGUACGUCUUUAUUUCUGUCUUGUGUGUGUGUGUGUGUGUGUGUGUAUGCCUGGUUGCCUACGAGGUGGUACUGGAUAUCAAAUACUAUCCUUAUUCCUACUUCAAGUGCCCAGGGCACCCACCCCACUUUUGAUUUGGCCAAUUAACGUUUGAAUGAAAAGCUAUAACAUCAUAUCAAGACGAGAUAGUGAACAGAAUUCAUCUUCAAAGAGAAAUUUGAUGUUC